CCCCCACCCGGCCCUCGGCGCGUGUGCCAUUGGCCCGGGCGGCCGGGUGGGCGGGAGGAUGACAUCAGCGGCAGGUUGUAUUAUAAAGGCUUGAGCGGAGCCGCGGGCUCAGAGCGCACCCAGCCGGCGCUGUGCAGCACUGGGACUCGCUCCCGCACCGCAGCCCAAGCAGUCUGCUCCGCGUCCGCUUGCCCGUCUACCCGCCGGCCCCGCGCGCUCUUGCUGCCGCCGGUCUGCGCCCCUGGACCCCACCGGCACCAUGCACCUCUCCCAGCUGCUGGCCUGCGUCCUACUGCUCACGCUACUUUCGCUCCGGGCCUCCGAAGCCAAGCCCGGGGCGCCACCGAAGGUCCAGCGAACACCGCCCGGGGAAGAGCUGGCCGAGCCCCAAGCCGCGGGCGGCGGUCAGAAGAAGGGCGACAAGACUACUCCCGGGGGUGGCGGAGCCAAUCGCAAGGGCGACGGGUCGCGACUGCUCCGGGACCUGCGCGUGGACACCAAGUCGCGGGCGGCAUGGGCCCGCCUUCUGCACGAGCACCCCAACGCGCGCAAAUACAAAGGAGGCAACAAGAAGGGCUUGUCCAAGGGCUGCUUCGGCCUCAAGCUGGACCGGAUUGGCUCCAUGAGCGGCCUGGGAUGUUAGUGCGGCGACCCCUGGCGGCGGAUUGGGAACUUGCACCAUUUUGCUGAGGUCAUCCUCGGUCAUCAGCCUCCCAGCAUCUGGAAGAACCUCCAACGCAAUGUGGCUUUUACAUUUCUUCUUUUUUUUUCCUGGUACUGGGAAUACACAACACCAGCUGUUUUAUUAUUAUUUGGGAUGGGGGGGUAUGAUUUUAUUGUUUGGGGUUUUCUUGAAAAUGAAAAAUAAAAAGUUAUAUAUUAUAUAUAUAUUAUAUACAUGAAACACACACCUACACCAACACGAUGACAAGGGACAGUUUUUAAGAGACUGACAAAGCCAGCUGUAAAACAUUGCUGUUUGUAAAUUCAUGUCAUGCAUAAAUGUAUUUAUGUUGUAAAGCUAUUUAUAUUGUUUAUAAAGAGAUAUUUAUAAAAAUUUUAUUUAUGUAACUAAAUGAAAGAAGUCAAUCAUUGUAAUGUUUUUGUCUUUACUAGUUGAAAGAUGUCAAAAAAAGUCAUUCCAUGAACAUCUUGAAAACUGUCUUUAUUUGUUCAUUGCCUUUAUUUUUUAGGAGUUAGUCUGAGGAAAAGGGAGAAUGUGAAGACAAAACUUUUGCCACUAAAUGGAUCCAACGGCCGUG